AUGACAUUAGCUUCUUCACUUACUAUUUUAUUUUUACUUUUGGUUGGUAGUUUUAUUGAAACUAGCUCAAAAGAAAGUAGUGAACAUCUUGUACACAAAGGUAAAUGUCCAUCUUAUGAUUUUCCUAUUCCUAUUAUGUGUCGUCGUCGUGUUUGUCUUCCGGAAGAAUUAAUUCCACUAUGCAAAAUGGAUGGUGAUUGUCCAACAACACAUAAAUGUUGUCGUCCUUUAUGUUCAUGUAGAGAUCGUUGUGUUGAAGCUAUUCUUGAAUAG